AUGUUUAUCAGACCCCCAUGGCAGAGAUCACACCCGCAGCUCACCGUGUAUCCGGAGGCCAGCACACCCCUGGAGGCCCGCAGCCCCACCACGGAGAAUCUCCAAUGGAAUUCACUCACAGAAGCUUCUACAAGCGGCUCCCUGCCUUGGAAAGGGGGCAUGCAGCACCUCGGGGCUGCACCCAGCGUCUAUGGUGGAGCCGGAGGCCAUGGCACCCGCAUCUCAACCUCCAGACACAUGAUGAGCUACGGGAGCGAUCUCACCAGGGGGGACCUGUCUGUUGGCAAUGAGAAGAUGACCAUGCAGAACCUAAAUGAUCGCCUAGCAAGCUACCUAGAAAAAGUGCGGUCCCUGGAGCAGUCCAACUCCAAACUUGAAGCUCAGAUCAAACACUGGUAUGAAACAAACGUGCCUAGCGCCAGUCGGGACUACAGUGCGUAUCACAAACAAAUCACAGAGCUGCAAAAUCAGAUUAUAGAUGCUCAACAGCAAAGAGGUCGAUGUGUCCUGCAAAUUGAUAAUGCUAAGCUGGCUGCUGAUGACUUCAGAAUGAAGUAUGAGACGGAGAGAGGGCUGCGCCUAGCCGUGGAGGCUGACAUCCAAGGCCUGAGAAAGGUCUUCAGUGAUCUAACCCUAAGUAAAACAGACUUGGAAACUCAAAUUGCAGAACUGAAUAAGGACCUGGAGCUCCUCAGGAAAGAACAUCAGGAGGAGGUGGACAUCCUACGCAGACAGCUGGGCAACACUGUCAACGUAGAGGUGGACGCUGCUCCAGGCCAGAACCUCAGCAGCAUCAUGAAUGAAAUGAGGCAGAAAUAUGAAGCCUUGGCCCAGGAGAACCUCCAGAAGGCCAAAGAACAGUUCGAGACGCAGACUCAAACUCUGCAGCAACAAGUCAUAGUGAGCACUGAAGAGUUAAAAGGAACUGAGACUCAAAUAAAGGAGCUGAGGCGCACCUACACGAGCCUGGAGAUAGACCUCCAGUCCCAUCUCAAUAUGAAAGAAUCUUUGGAGCAAACACUAGAGGAUACCAAAGCUCGGUAUGGAAGCCAGCUGGCCACCAUCCAGGCCCUGCUAAAUUCCCUAGAGUCCCAGCUGAUGAAGAUUUGGACUGAUACUGAACGCCAGAACAACGAAUACAAUAUUCUCCUUGACAUAAAGACUCGGCUUGAGCAGGAAAUUGCUACUUACCGCCGCCUUCUGGAAGGAGAAGAUGAAAAAACUACAGAAUAUCAGUUAAGCACCCUGGAAGAGAGAAAUAUAAAGAAAACCAGGAAAAUUAAGACAGUCGUACAAGAAGUAGUGGAUGGCAAGGUUGUGUCAUCUGAAGUCAAAGAAGUAGAAGAAAGUAUAUAAACAGCUGCUGGAAGGAGAUGCUGCUGGUUUUGAAAGAAAUGUAGCUGUAAUUUUUACUCCCUACAAGUGGCCAUCAGAAAGCUCCAUUAAUGCUUUGUAUUGAUUAGAAAUGGGAAAAGAAGCCCAUUUAUCAGUCUCUGUAAUUGAAUAUAAAUGCUUUACUCGGGAGCUGCAAACUGCCUGCAAAAAUGAAAUCCAAUGAGCACUAGGAUAUUUAAAACAUCAUUACUGUCAUCUUUACAACAACACACAUUAAUUACAAGCUAUAGACCAUGUAACAUUAAUUCAUUACUGUUCCUGAAAAUUAUAGCACAUUUCAAUUACACUAAAUCUCACAGAUGCAAACUGCAAAUAAUCCACUCUAAUUUUUCCUGUGUAUGAAUUGCAAAAUAUCCUUUCAGGAGAUUUGGACUUGGGCCCCUGGAUUCUUAAUUGAGCCACUUUCUUGGUUAAUUUCAUUGCAUUUUUGAUACUGGUAUAAUUCUGCUAGCUUUGAAUUAUAUCUGCUUUUUUUUUUUUUCCAUUGUCUCUACAACUUUUUAAAACUCAGCUCAGCUCUUAGAAUAAUUUGACGGUCAAAUUUCAAUCAUAAAUGCUGAGCAGAAUAAGAAUGAAGCACAUUACGCUUAAAAUGAUAGAAGAUUAAAAGCAAAACCUUUCUCAAGGCAGAAUGCUUCUCUUUAUGAUAAUAAACUGAAUAAACCAUCAGGUGCUCUUUCUUUACAUGGUGAACAUGUGUUAUGAAGUGUUUCUCACUAUUUUUUCAAUACCAGCUGUAAUGAAAUACAAUUCACAUACCAUAAAAUUCAUCCCUGUAAAGUGCACAACUCAGUGGUUUUUAUUUUAAUAUGUUCAUAGCAAGAAACCCCUUUAGCAGCCUCCCCCAUUUUUCUUCCCUCAGACCUUGACAACCACUAAUCUACUUCCUCUUCCAUGGAUUUGCCUAAUCUGGACAUUUCAUAUAAAUGAAAUCAUACAAUGUGUUCUUCUGUACACAAAUAUCCACAGCAGGAUUAUUCAUAAUAGACCAAAAGUGUAAACAAUUCAAAUGUCCAUCUACUGAUAAAUGAAUAAACAAAAUUUUGUCUAUCUA